AUGGAGCCAUGGAAAGACCUGACUGGAAAAGUAGUGAUGGUGACUGGGGCCUCCUCGGGAAUCGGGCUAGAGUUCUGUCUCGACUUGGCAAAAGCCGGUUGCAGGAUCAUUGCUUCCGCUCGUCGUGUUGACAGGCUGAAAACUCUCUGCAACCAGAUUAAUAUUAAUUCAGAGGGCCUGGCUCGGCGUGCAAUCGCUGUCCAGCUCAACGUCACUGCUGAUAGUGCUACUAUUGAGGCUGCUGUACAAAUAGCUUGGGAUGCCUUUGGACGUAUCGAUGUCUUGAUUAACAACGCAGGCCUUAGAGGUAAUGUGUACAAUUCAUUGGAUUUGCCAGAGGAGGAAUGGGAACAUAUCUAUAAGACGAAUCUAAGAGGGGCAUGGUUGGUGUCAAAAUAUGUAUGCUGA